CGUGUCUUCUGGACCAAUAUCACAUGCCCUUUGGGGCUUCGAAAUGUCGGUUACCGAGACGCCCGUAUACCGGUUCCGAUGGAUACACGCGCCAUACACGCAUACUGAACUAGCAAAAAUCAUUCUAGACAAGAUAAUAAAGAAGAUGCCCCCAAUGCAGCAACGAUUCGACGUUGUUAGCGAUAAGUUUUGGUUGAAGAAGCAAAAUACUGCCACGCACUCUUCACCUCAUGCCCGAUACUUGCAUUCCACGUGUGAGUUCAUUGACGCAACCGUAAAGGAUGCACCUAUCUCCGAAGAGUUACGUGAGCUGCUUAGUGAAAAGGGAAGCAAAAUCGUUUCCAGCCUCUCGGAUUACAUGAGUAAGAGCAAGGAGAAGGAAAGAAAACGCGUCCAUCGCCAAGAAGAUAAUGACAUAUGCAAGGCAUCGCAGAUGAUUUUGUAUCUCCCUUAUUUGCAUUGGGAAUCUUUCAAGCAUCUCAACAAACGCGAAGUCGUAAUCAAAGAACGUAUGAAGGCGAAUCGCAAGCUAUUGAGGACAGCUAAUUGUAUGCGAAAUGACCCUGAACCCUUCGAAAGACCUCCCAGCAUCAUCGAUUUUCCCUCCACGCCAGACGAGAAGUAUCCUUUCGGGCAGACUGAAGCAAUACCGACCGCGGAGCAGAAAUCCGUAGAGGACGACCUAAUCAAUGAAGUUAGCACGUUCAAGAAGAUCAAGGGAUACAUUGAGAAUUCUCCGGAGCUGCGCUUCUUAUGGCACCAUCUCAUCCCGGGCGAUCUACUUCAUUGUCGCCGUUCUCUCGACCAGUACAUGUACUCUACUCUCCCUGACACCUCUGCAAGAGACAAGGAUCAGAUACUACACAAAUGCACACGGAAAGGCAUCGGUAGUCUUUCGAACGAGGCUCCGGAUCAUGAAGACGUAGACAGCGUCCACGAUCAGAGCAAUGAUGUUGAUGAAACGGGAAAUGUCUUGGUGGUGGAUCAGUUGUGGAUGUGGGUAUUAGAUGAUGCUUCCGUGGUGACGUUUUUCCCUCCCAAGGAGGUCGAGUUGUCGACUAACAAAGACAAACCUACACCCGCGCAUUCGUCUGCAAUUGACCUAGAUCCAUCAAACUUCGUCUCGGCGAGACUGAUAGCCGAGGGCGAUCUCCGAACAUGUAUUCAACGAGAGAUAGAGGACAGUGAGGACCCGUUCAAGAACCAGUGGGACCUUGCCGCCUUUAUAGUGAAGCAUGUGGUUACUGCUCUCUUCGACAGAUUCGAGGACAGCGGUCCGCAAGCAUUGCGAAACUUUGCCGAGUACAUUGAUAAACUAAUCGAGAAACAAGCUACGUCUUGGGCAUCUUUGAAUCUGCGCCGUGGAUUGAGUCUCGCGGACUCAAGCAAGGAAAUCAAGCAGGUUUUCCAAGAUCUCCGAGAUCUGCGUGAGCUUCGCGAUGUUGAGGACGAGCUGAGAAUCAUCACCAAGAUCCUAAACAAGCAGAACCUGCAUAUUUCGAAGAUGCAGCGAAUGUACGACAAGCAUCUCAACCUCGGAAAGUCGAAAGGUGCAGCAUAUCUGCAAGAAACCCUUGGAAUCAUCGGGCGCAAGCAAGAACAAGUGCGGCGAAUGACUAUGAACAUGGAAAUGGCAAAGAAAGGGUUUGAGGAGCUUAUCAGCUUACAGCAGAAUCAAAUAUCGAUCAACCAGGCUGUAGCGGCAGGCAAGCAGUCUCGCGCUGUUACUAUUUUUACUGUCUUCACCGUAUUCUUUCUUCCGCUCUCCUUUUUUACCUCUUUGUACGGUAUGAACGUUUCCGAAUGGGGUGGAAAUGCGGGAACAGUCUCGAUGAAGGUCAUCUUGUCGACAAUGCUUCCCCUCUCAUUCGUGGUAAUCGUACUGGCCUUCCUCUUCGCAAUGAACAGCAGCUUCCGCGAAGCCGUAACCUCCUCCUUCGAAAUCCUCGUAGAAUGCCUCAUCAUACUCAUCGAGUUCGUCUCCAAAUGGUCUGGCUUUGUAAAGCUUUCAACUUGGCUUCGUAAGGCUAAGAAAAGCGUUGGAAUUGGAAGGAUAUACGCCUUCAAGAAGGCUGUGAAGAGGCAUAAAAUAGAGCGGAGAAAGGCACGUGCAGAGGCAAGGACUCAAAAGAAGCGGGAGAGGAAAAUGCGACACAGGCCGUCCAGUGUGGCUUCCGGAUCUGAUGUACCGGGGCUUCAGGGAAAUGGGAGCGGGAGACGGAGGAAGUGGAUGCCUUUUCAAAGAUCUGGGAAACAGGAUGAGGGCCUUGAAUCGGACUCGGAUGAUGACGUGGAUUCCUUCGUCUAGCUUUAUUCAGCGCUCGUGUAUCGCGAAUCUUCUGAAAUUGAACGCUACAUUAUAGAGGGAUGGUACCGGCAUGGUCGUCGGAUGUGAUAGAUAUCAUACUCACGGAUAUAACACUGCUUGGAUAUCACUUUGGAAGCUCCAGUGCCAGGAAGCUAGCCAGUCAAGAGGCAGCUUAGUUCCCACUACAUGAAACUUAACAUUGUAC